AUGUUCUUUUUCGCACUAUGGACGGGCACGCCUUCGUCCCACCUGCGUGACGACAUUCCUAUAUACUCUCCAGCACAUGUUGCUGUCGAGCCCGUCAUUGUAAGGUUUAACGGAACCCUCGACUUUCCUUCUAUCUAUCGUGGCCCUCCUUCUCCAGAAAUUGAUGCUGCUUGGGCCAGGAUAGCUCAAGAUGUGCUACCGACUCGAAUGUCGCUUGAUGAAUUUGUCAAAGCCAGCGAAGUAGAUCCACCUUCCAAGGUUAAAUAUCCAGCUGAAUUUGGUGGGGGUCUCGUGGUAUCCAUACAAGCUUAUCACCAACUCCAUUGUCUGAAUUUACUUCGCAGAGCCUCGUGGCCCGAGUAUUACGAACCCACAGAUACUUCGGCCGAAAAUAUCGUGUGCAAUGCCGACGUGAAGAUGAUAACAUGGGACUGGGUUCAAGGACUCGACGCCCCAUACCCUAACUUCAACACCCGCCACCAAUGCAGGAACUUCGAGAAAAUCUUGGAUUGGGCUGUCCACGCUGUCCAUAUCCCUCAAUUGGCGAUUACUCGUUUUGAAGAUACAGUUGACAUCCCCUUGCCCAUUGAUCUGAUGGACCAUAAUGGAUAA